UAAAAAUAGUCAUGUGUGAUCUUGUUUGAUUCGUCUUAACAUAUAGAUUAUUAAUAUAUAAUUUGUAUAAUUUUUUAAUAUACAAAUUACAAGAUAAAAUGGAUUAAAGAAGUACAUUGGAUGGUGUGCUAAAAGCCACCGUACAUGUUUAAACAAUCAAAUCCCCGACCUCAGCCGAGCGGCGAAACAAGAAGACUGGAGCACGGAACACUCCUGCAAGUCAGCCGGCAAUCCCCAACCGCCACCCGAUUCCGCUAUUCAGCCGGAAGCCGCCGCCCGUUCCCAUUAUUCAGCCGAUAUCAAGGUGAGUACUCCGGUCUUUGACUCUCCGUAUUUGUUCAAUUGUCUAUUUACACCAAUCAGCAAGUUUUUUCGACUUGUUAUGAAGAAUGUUUUCGCGCGGCCGAAUCAUUUAUCAUCUCGUUUCUUUACUUCUGUGUGUGUAGUGCAGGGUGUGUGAUGAUGAUGAUGACGAUGAUGACGAUGAGGUAUAAUUGAUAUUGUCUAGCUUGUCUACCAUUCGGGUCGGCUACUAGGGUUUCAAAUUAGGGUUCCAAAUCUUUCAUAUAAUCAACACAUUGCGAGAUAUGAAGCUGACUCUCGAAUUCGGAGGUGGGUUGGAACUUCUUUGCAAUUCUGAGAAGGAACAUGUUAUUGACAUUAUGCCAGAAGAUGGAGAGCAAAAGUUGACCAUGAAAUACUUGCUCUCUUGGGUUUGCAAGGAGCUGAUCAAGGAGAGGAGGGAAAUGUUCAUGAAGGGAGACACUGUGAGGCCUGGAGUUCUAGUCCUCAUCAACGACACAGAUUGGGAACUGUGUGGGCAGCUAGAUGCAGUGUUAAAUGACAAGGAUGCCAUUGUAUUCAUUUCAACACUGCAUGGUGGAUAAAUUAUGAAGCCUUUUUGUCUGCAUCCUGCUUUGGCUAUUAACUAUAAUCAGACCAAUGUUUGAUGUUUUUUGAAUGUGUUUUUUGUUUCUUCUUUUCUAGAUCCAAAUCCUGUGUUGUGUACUUCUAAAUGCGUUUGCUAAUUGUUCACAGAAUCAUAGCCUAAGAACGUUUAUGAACGUGUACGCAUGUGUGUAAUCAAAUUCGUAUUUGCUUCAGAAUUACACUUCCAGAUUUUUGGGACAGAUGAAGAACAUAAAGAGGUUUGCAUAUGAUUUUAUAAGCUUGUUGGUGAUCUUGAGGACAAGGCCUGGGAAAACGUCGUCGAAAUCAUUGAUGUGAGUGUUCUCUUCGAGGAUAAAAGGGUCAUUGCACUUGUCGCUGAUCGUCUGCAGCGA